UUCGUGCUGCGCCGUUCUACAAACGUUUGCGGACGGACGAGGAAAGACAAGCGCUCGAAAAACGCAACUUUUGUCUAUUGCUGUUGUCCGUUCCGCUCUUUCUGCGUCUGUGUUUCUGUCGCGUGUGCGUGCGCGUGUGUCAGUGCUCGUUUUUUGUUUUAUUUUUUUUUUUAAAACCAACACGAAAAUUUUUUUUUAAAUUUACCCAAAAAUUUCGGUGUAUAUAUUUAAAUGAUUUUGUUUUUGGUGGCGUGUUGAAUGAGAAAAUUUGAGAAACGCAGUGGAAAACACCACAAAUAAAAUGUUUUAAUAAAUUCUAAAUAAAAAACCCAAAAUUUCAACCAAUUGGAUUCACAAGAAAAUACAAAAUUUUACCGCGCUGACGAGAAAAUUGUUGAAAACAAUGCAUUUAAUUAAAGUUAAGACUAAACUCGCGCUUAAAAUGCCCGAAAUCAAAGGAAACUAGCGAAAUACACAAUCCAAAAAUCGCACAAAAAUCGCAAAGUUAACAAAAAAAAUAGAGUCAGACAACAAAAGAGAGUCCGGAGCGGAAAACAACAGCGAAAAAAGCAAAACGACGGCCCCAAAAUGUUGUACCAGCUAAGUAAAGCCACUACUAGAAUCCGACUCAAAAGGCAAAAAGCCGUUCCACAACAUUGCUGGCUCUGGAGCUUAGCAUUUCUGGCAGCAUUUACUCUAAAGGACGUUCGAUGUGCAGAUCUAGCCAUAAGCAUACCCAACAAUCCCGGCCUAGACGAUGGGGCCUCAUAUCGCUUGGACUACAGUCCGCCCUUUGGCUAUCCGGAGCCCAACACAACGAUUGCCUCCCGGGAAAUCGGCGAUGAGAUCCAAUUCUCACGCGCCCUGCCCGGAACCAAGUACAACUUCUGGCUGUACUACACGAACUUUACGCACCACGAUUGGCUCACCUGGACGGUGACGAUAACAACAGCUCCCGAUCCGCCGUCGAAUCUCUCUGUCCAGGUGCGCAGCGGCAAGAACGCCAUCAUCCUGUGGUCACCGCCCACCCAGGGCAGCUAUACGGCCUUCAAGAUCAAGGUGCUUGGCCUGUCGGAGGCCUCGAGCAGCUACAACCGCACCUUCCAGGUGAACGACAACACAUUCCAGCACAGCGUCAAGGAGCUGACCCCGGGAGCCACCUACCAGGUGCAGGCCUACACCAUCUACGAUGGCAAGGAGUCGGUGGCCUACACCAGUCGCAAUUUCACCACAAGUCGAAGGACGCGGCAUAAAGAAUUGCUGGACAUUAAGAUCCUAAGAGAGCCCAACACUCCGGGGAAAUUCAUCGUCUGGUUCCGUAAUGAGACGACACUGCUGGUCCUGUGGCAGCCGCCAUAUCCGGCGGGCAUUUACACGCACUACAAGGUAUCCAUCGAGCCGCCGGAUGCCAACGAUAGUGUGCUCUAUGUGGAGAAGGAGGGCGAGCCACCGGGUCCGGCGCAGGCAGCCUUCAAGGGUCUGGUGCCCGGCAGGGCGUACAACAUUUCGGUGCAGACAAUGUCCGAGGACGAGAUCUCACUGCCGACGACGGCCCAGUAUCGUACGGUGCCGUUGCGGCCACUGAACGUGACCUUUGACCGGGACUACAUUACCUCCAAUUCGUUCCGGGUGCUUUGGGAGGCGCCCAAGGGCGUCUCCGAGUUCGAUAAGUACCAGGUCUCGGUGGCCACCACCCGACGCCAGUCCACUGUGCCACGUAGCAACGAACCGGUGGCCUUCUUUGACUUUCGCGACAUCGCCGAACCGGGCAAGACAUUCAAUGUGAUCGUGAAGACGGUGUCCGGCAAGGUCACCUCGUGGCCAGCCACCGGGGACGUCACCCUGCGACCCCUGCCCGUUCGCAAUCUGAGGAGCAUCAACGAUGACAAGACCAACACCAUGGUCAUCACCUGGGAGGCGGAUCCGGCCAGCACGCAGGAUGAGUACCGCAUUGUAUACCAUGAAUUGGAAACAUUUAACGGAGACACCAGCACCCUGACCACAGAUCGAACUCGAUUCACACUGGAGAGCCUCCUACCCGGUCGUAAUUACUCACUAUCCGUGCAGGCCGUCUCUCAGAAAAUGGAAUCGAACGAAACCAGCAUCUUCGUGGUCACCCGACCCUCGUCGCCCAUUAUCGAGGACCUGAAGAGCAUACGGAUGGGCCUGAAUAUCAGUUGGAAGAGCGACGUCAACUCCAAGCAGGAACAAUAUGAGGUCUUGUAUUCACGAAACGGAACUAGCGAUUUGCGUACCCAAAAGACCAAGGAGUCGCGUCUGGUGAUCAAGAACCUUCAGCCAGGAGCUGGAUAUGAACUCAAGGUCUUUGCGGUUAGUCACGAUUUGAGAAGUGAACCGCAUGCCUAUUUCCAGGCAGUUUAUCCCAAUCCACCGCGCAACAUGACCAUCGAGACGGUGCGCAGCAACUCUGUUCUGGUCCACUGGUCUCCGCCGGAGAGCGGUGAGUUUACGGAGUACUCGAUUCGAUAUAGGACGGACAGUGAACAGCAGUGGGUGCGUCUGCCCAGCGUUCGAUCUACGGAGGCUGAUAUCACCGACAUGACCAAGGGCGAGAAGUACACCAUACAGGUGAACACGGUCAGUUUUGGCGUGGAGAGUCCCGUGCCCCAGGAGGUGAACACAACGGUGCCCCCGAAUCCGGUGUCAAACAUUAUCCAGCUGGUGGACUCACGGAACAUCACUCUGGAGUGGCCCAAGCCGGAGGGAAGGGUGGAGUCGUACAUCCUUAAAUGGUGGCCCAGCGAUAAUCCCGGACGUGCCCAGACGAAGAACGUUUCCGAGAACAAGUCGGCCGACGAUUUGUCGACAGUGCGAGUCCUGAUUGGCGAACUGAUGCCCGGUGUGCAGUACAAGUUUGACAUCCAGACGACAUCGUAUGGCAUUCUGUCCGGUAUCACCAGUCUGUAUCCGCGCACCAUGCCGCUCAUCCAGUCGGAUGUGGUGGUGGCCAAUGGCGAGAAGGAGGACGAGCGGGACACGAUCACCCUGAGCUAUACACCCACGCCGCAGUCCUCGUCCAAGUUCGAUAUCUAUCGAUUCUCCCUGGGAGAUGCGGAGAUCCGGGACAAGGAGAAGCUGGCCAACGAUACGGAUCGCAAGGUGACGUUCACGGGUCUGGUGCCGGGACGGCUGUACAACAUCACCGUGUGGACGGUGAGCGGUGGAGUGGCCAGUCUGCCCAUUCAGCGACAGGAUCGCCUGUAUCCGGAACCCAUUACCCAGCUGCAUGCCACCAAUAUCACGGACACGGAGAUCUCGUUGCGCUGGGAUCUGCCAAAGGGCGAGUACAAUGACUUCGAUAUAGCCUACCUAACGGCGGACAAUCUGUUGGCCCAGAACAUGACCACCAGGAAUGAGAUAACCAUAAGUGACCUGCGACCCCAUAGGAACUACACAUUCACCGUGGUGGUUCGUUCGGGCACUGAAUCUUCAGUUCUACGAAGCAGUUCACCUCUCUCGGCUAGUUUUACGACCAAUGAAGCGGUACCAGGUCGCGUAGAGCGAUUCCAUCCCACCGAUGUGCAGCCCAGCGAGAUCAAUUUCGAGUGGUCACUGCCCUCCAGUGAGGCAAACGGUGUGAUCCGUCAAUUCUCGAUAGCCUAUACGAAUAUCAACAAUCUUACGGAUGCCGGCAUGCAGGACUUUGAAUCGGAGGAGGCAUUUGGUAUAAUCAAGAAUCUCAAACCGGGCGAGACAUAUGUGUUCAAGAUCCAGGCCAAGACGGCCAUUGGCUUUGGACCGGAGCGGGAGUACAGGCAAACGAUGCCCAUACUGGCGCCACCACGUCCAGCCACCCAAGUGGUGCCCACCGAGGUAUAUCGCAGUUCGUCGACCAUCCAGAUUCGUUUUAGGAAGAACUAUUUCUCGGAUCAGAACGGUCAGGUGCGCAUGUACACGAUCAUUGUGGCCGAGGAUGAUGCGAAGAAUGCAUCCGGCCUGGAAAUGCCCAGUUGGCUAGAUGUGCAGUCGUAUAGCGUUUGGCUGCCCUACCAGGCCAUAGAUCCGUACUAUCCCUUCGAGAACCAAUCCGUGGAGGACUUUACAAUUGGCACGGAGAACUGCGACAACCACAAGAUCGGCUACUGCAAUGGGCCACUGAAGUCGGGGACCACUUACCGGGUGAAGGUGCGAGCGUUCACCGGAACGGAUAAGUUCACGGAUACCGCCUACAGUUUUCCAAUUCAAACAGAAAUGCUAAGCUCACCGGAUCAAGACAACACCUCGCUGAUCGUGGCCAUUACAGUGCCACUGACAAUCAUCCUGGUGCUGCUGGUAACCCUUUUGUUCUACAAACGGCGACGCAACAAUUGCCGAAAGACGACGAAGGAUUCGCGUGCCAAUGACAAUAUGUCCCUGCCGGAUAGUGUUAUCGAGCAGAAUCGUCCGAUUCUGAUCAAGAACUUUGCGGAGCACUAUCGCCUGAUGUCCGCCGAUUCGGACUUCCGGUUCAGCGAGGAGUUCGAGGAACUGAAGCAUGUGGGCAGGGAUCAGCCAUGCACCUUUGCCGACUUGCCCUGCAAUCGACCCAAGAAUCGGUUCACCAACAUCCUGCCCUACGAUCACUCACGUUUCAAGCUCCAGCCCGUGGACGAUGAUGAGGGCAGCGAUUAUAUCAAUGCCAACUAUGUGCCGGGACACAAUUCGCCGCGGGAAUUCAUCGUGACCCAGGGACCGUUGCACUCGACGCGCGACGACUUCUGGCGGAUGUGCUGGGAGAGCAACUCGCGGGCCAUUGUCAUGCUGACCCGGUGCUUUGAGAAGGGACGUGAGAAGUGCGACCAGUACUGGCCGAAUGACACGGUGCCCGUCUUCUAUGGGGACAUUAAGGUGCAGAUUCUCAACGACAGCCACUAUGCCGACUGGGUGAUGACCGAGUUCAUGCUGUGCAGGGGCAGCGAACAGCGCAUCCUGCGGCACUUCCACUUCACCACCUGGCCGGACUUUGGUGUGCCUAAUCCUCCCCAGACACUGGUGCGCUUUGUGCGCGCCUUCCGCGAUCGCAUCGGGGCGGAGCAGCGACCCAUUGUGGUGCACUGCAGCGCCGGAGUGGGAAGGUCGGGCACCUUCAUCACCCUGGAUCGCAUCCUGCAGCAGAUCAACACGUCGGACUACGUGGACAUUUUCGGCAUAGUGUAUGCCAUGCGCAAGGAGCGCGUUUGGAUGGUGCAGACGGAGCAGCAGUACAUCUGCAUCCACCAGUGCCUGCUGGCGGUGCUCGAGGGCAAGGAGAACAUCGUGGGUCCCGCCCGCGAGAUGCACGACAACGAGGGCUAUGAAGAUGACGAGGGCAUUGCUGAGUCGGGCAUGUAAGCCCAUUCCAAGAACCCAAAACUCCAGCCAAUCGCAACCAGUCCAAACCAACCAACCAACUCAACUCAACCGAAUGGAACCCAACCCAACCAUCAUGUGGCAACUACAUUAUUAGUUACUUAAGGGACGAAGUGCGGGGAGCGCGGAGGAUCAACGCUUGAUAUUAUAAUUGGAUAUAUAUGUGUACUACACUGGAUACUACUGGAUAUAUAUAUAUACUCUACACCGAUCUAUCGAAUGGGAAUGCAGCAAUCUCGCCAAACAGAACGAACACGCAUCAAUUUAUACAUUUUAUAUAUAGAUAUAUAUAUAUAUAUAUCUAGGAUAACGAAGGAUCGGCGUACAAUGUAACCGCAAUCGCCGCUUAAAACCGGCGACACUGAAUACUGGAAUACUGAUUGUAUUUUUACGCUAGCCACAAUUUGAUAUAAACUAUAUAUCUUCCAAUUUUUUUGUACACCUAAUGUUAGUUGAAAUAUGUAUGUGAGCGAGACGAGCAAAUUUUUGUAGCAAACUAAAAGCGCUAAAUGUUUACUUUUUUAUAUUAUUAUAUAUAUAAAUACUUGAUAAACAUAUACCUAAUAUUAGACCUAAACUAAAAACUAAACUAACUAUAAAUCGCACACACUCAUACACUCACACAAACACACAAUGCAAUAAUUGAGUUACAUAGUUUUAAAGAAAUGUUAAAACAUUUUUGGUCGCAACCGUCGGAGAUGUAGUGUACAAUUUUUAGUUUUUCGUAUAUAUUUUUUUCUGUUUGUGUUUAAUUUUUUGUGUAACUUUUACCAUAGCGUGAACUGUGUAUGUAUGUAUGUGCUACAUUAAUUUUGUUUAAUUAUAUAAAGUUUUAUUUAAAAAUCAAAGACCAUUUUACAUUCUCAUCAUUUGAACAUGGCGCUUACACUUAUCAUUCAUGUAGGUCCAAAACAGCGGGCGCAGGAGAUCGAUCCAAUCAACAAAGAGUAAUGUAAAUCACCGAUGUUAAUGUUAAAAAAAGAAACACCACGAAAAACACACACAAAGGGAAAACAGUCGUGUUUCCAUCUUCGCUUAAUUUUUACAAUUUUUGAUUUUACCUUUCAACCUUAAAUGGAAGGUAAAACCAUAAUUUACAACACUUUUAGGUAAACAUCAAGCUAACUUCGAUAAAAUAAAGGAAUAACAUUUCUGUAUAUAUUCAUUUAACUUGACGUUUUGUAAUCAUUUCUAUUAAAAGUUUCUAAAGUCUAAAAUCUUUCGUAAGCUCAACUAUAUGUUGGAAUAUUUAUUUAUUUACUUAAUUGUAUUUAUUUUUGAAAAGAAAGUGAAUAUGGAAGUGCCACUGGCAAACAGACAGCACAAAUAAAACAACAGGAACAAAUGACCAACGCAUUUUGUAAGGCGAUAAUCAUUUACACGAAAACCAAUAUGAAUAACAGAAUCCCACGCAAACUGUAGACUAACUAACAACAAAGUUAAGGGCUGAUUACAAAGCCGGUGCCAAAGCAAGAACAACAAGUAAAAACAACACCUACACACCACGACUAACUAUAACAAUAGCAAUAAAUUUAAAUGAAAAUUGUAGUCCAAAUAAUUUGCAUACAUUUGUAUUUUGUCCAUACUUAGUUGAAAUGAUUAACCGAACUGUGAAAGAGUGCAAUAGAAAUCGUUUUGCUUCUAGAUUAGAGAAAAUACAACGAAGCCCCCUAAUUUGAAUUCAAAAUCCCCCCUCAUCAAUAAAAAUAAAUACAUAUAUUGCAAAAGCUAUAGAAGAUGAAACUGGAAAGUCUGUAUAAUGCAUACAUAAUAUAGAUACGACUCCAUUAUACAAAUACUAAGGCCGACGAAUAACAUAUGCAUAUACAAUAUAGACAUAUAUUAAAUAUAUAUCAUUGUAAUAAUUUGUAAUGUUUGUCAGUAGAAUUAUGAUCCGAGGUGGAGCAGACGAGUAAAACGCAUGCAGAGAUCCAUUAAAGUGUACUGUAAAAUGUG